AUGAGCAGAGCAGACCUCGCCCUCCCAAACCCACAAGGACAGUCCAGUGCGGCUGAUAUUGGACUCUCGGAAAUAGCUCUCCAUGAUGACCGUCUGCUGGAGAAACCUGCCCCAUCUCCACCACACCACACAUGGCUGACACUCUUGAAGAAGGAGCUGGAAUUCCUGGGGGUAACACAAAUUCUGAUUGGUUUGAUAUGCCUUUCCUUUGGAACAAUUGUCUACUCCAUGAUCAAUAUUUCAGAAUUUGAGAGAGAGAUUUUUUCAUCAUUUAAAGCAGGCUACCCAUUGUGGGGAGCAGUAUUUUUUGCUAUUUCUGGAUUUUUGUCAGUUAUAUGUGAAAGGAACGAUGCAACGUAUCUGGUGCAAGGCAGACUGGGAGCAAACACCAUCAGCAGCGUAACUGCGGCAACAGGAAUUAUCAUCCUGAUCAUCAACCUGAAGGAAAGCUCGGCUUCCCUCUCCAACUGCCUGGAAGUUGAUCAGGAUGACUUUUGUUUUGUGGCCUCCUUUUCCACUGAAAUCGUGGCCAUGCUCCUGUUUCUCACCAUUUUGGGGUUUUGCAGUGCAGUGCUACUUAUGAUCUAUGGAGUGGGAGAAUUAUUCAAAAAAGAUAAGGUUCCAGAGGAUCGUCUUUAUGAAGAAUUAAACAUAUAUUCCCCGAUUUACAGUGAGCUGGAAGACCGAGGGGAAACGUCUCCUUCCACUGAUUGA